AUGUUCGGCGUGUUCAUCCCCUCGCGACCCGUGAUCGCUGAGAUGACCAGCGUGUCUGCGAACCAGUUCGCAGUGUCAUUCCCGGCGGCUCCAACGUUCCACAACGUCGGCGUCUUCAUGCAUCCGAACAACCUGCUUCCUCCCGGUACGGCCGCCGGCGUCUACAUGCAGCUGCCCGGCGAGCAGGGGUUCAAGUUCCUGGGGGCCAUUGGCAACGAGAAGCCGUCGGCCUUGUUCAGGGUGAGCAUCCCCGACUCGCAGACCGGCGGGGAAGUCAACCUGGGCAUCUCGGUCGAGCCGGUGCAGAACAUCCAGGCGCAGUUGGUGCAGCUCCAACAAACGCCGUCGGACUCGAAUGCGGUCGUCAAACGCGCCCCGGCCCCGGACACGAGGGUGCUCGCCCAGCGCAUCAUCAAGAACGCUUUCAACUUCCUGUCCAGCUUUGCGGGAAACACGGCCAACGGCAUCGAAGUCAUCCCUCUGAAGAGCUUCCAGGAUUGGUGGACAAAGUUCGAGAGCAAGGUGCAGAAUGAUCCGGGUUUCCUGGAGAGGGAUCAGGACUGA